AUGCGCGGCGGAGACCGGUUCCUCCCCUCCCCCCUUACCCCGCGCUCGCCCCCCUCUCUAAGCGCGGUCCGCAUACUUGCAUCCGGGAACGAAACAAUCCCGGACCUAAGACAACGCACAAUCCCCCCUAUUGCCGCCAGAUACAGCUCACUUCUUGGCGGCGGCCGACCCUUGCCCUCGCCAAGUAGCCGAGUGAGGAUGACAUUC